AUGGCAUUGAGGGAGAUCGAGUCGACGUUGCCACCGGGGUUCAGGUUCUACCCCAGCGACGAGGAGCUGGUGUGCCACUACCUCCACAAGAAGGUGGCCAACGAGCGCAUCGCGAAGGGGACGCUCGUCGAGGUCGACCUGCACGCGCGCGAGCCGUGGGAGCUCCCAGAGGUGGCGAAGCUGACGGCCACCGAGUGGUACUUCUUCAGCUUCCGGGACCGCAAGUACGCGACGGGGUCGCGCACCAACCGCGCCACCAAGACGGGCUACUGGAAAGCCACGGGCAAGGACCGCGAGGUGCGCAGCAGCGGCGCCGUCGUCGGCAUGCGCAAGACGCUCGUCUUCUACCGGGGCAGGGCCCCCAUCGGCGUCAAGUCCGGCUGGGUCAUGCACGAGUUCCGCCUCGACGCCCCGCAUUCGCCACCCAGGGAGGACUGGGUGCUGUGCAGGGUGUUCCAGAAGACGAAAAGCGACGGCGGCGACGGCCAAGACGGCGACUCCUCCUCCUCGCCCGCCUUCGCCGGCACGUCGCACGCCAUGCCGGAGCCGGACCAUUAUUCCGCGGCAUCAUCAGGAGGCUACUACGGCCUCGCAUUUGUGCCGCAGCACCAGCAGCAGCAGGAGGAGGUGGCGGCGGCCGUGCUUCCACAGUAUUACGGCGGCACGGUCAUCGACCACCACCACCACCACCACGGCUUCAUCACGCGAGACGACGCGAGCGCCGCCGCGUUGCCAGGGUUUGGCGGCGCGAUGAGGGGAGUCGCCGGCGGUGAGUAUGGGUUUGGAUACUUUGACAUGGGUGGCUUUGAUGACAUGGCCAGCCUUGGUGCUGGGGACAUGGAGUUUCCUCAAGUGUGGAGCUAG